AUGAUCAAUGGAGAAGGCCGACAGCCCAUGUUCAGACACCAUCAAGAUAGCAUCAAUAUCGAGAUGGCUCACUUUUCGAAUAUCAGCGCCCACGACAUCGACGAAGCAAACAAUUUCGCCAUCAGUCUUCUUCGGAGGACCAGACCAGAGCUAACGGACGACCAACGGAGGAUUAUUGCCCAUGAUUUGGUCUACAAGGCGAACAAGGUUGUUUACCAAGACCGAGGACAUCCUUUGCAUUUUGAGGCCAGGGACUCCAAACCGCCACCAACUAAGGACGUUCCCACCCAAUUUACACGGAAUAAAUCUAUCCAGCAAGGAGGGAGCGUUUUCGAGAGGCUGUACGAAAGAACGACAACUUCGAUCAGUUUGAAGUACCGAGUUAAGAGUGAAGCCACCCAGACAACACCUCGCAGACAACUCAAGCCGGAGGGCAGAAAACGCACCAGCCUUGCACCUCUUACUGCCUUAGGGGCCCCUGAAGUCAAGAAGAAGAGACAAACCGGCGUGGAACCGCCGAACAACGUUGCGGCCAAGAGAGACGUCUUCGAAAGGCUUUACUCUUCGAGCAAAACUCACUGCAGCAACCUCAGACAAAGGAAUGCAUCAACAUCCAGUAGCACCGAUUCAGCGGAAUCUCUAAAGGAAUGUAUCGGGAGUGUACAAAGGGCUUUGAAUCAGUUGAAUCUGAAGAGGUGAUCACUUGUAUAUAACCUGAAUUGAAUGUGCUAUUAGAUAAUAGGUGUGAAUAUGUAAGAACGGGGUGG